UACUCAAAACAAAAGAGUACUCUCAACAACAAGUUCAAAAUCUUUUUAAUUAACCAUGAAUUCCUCAAUCCAAGCAAAAGCAAUACUAGUAAUGAUCAUGGCUCUAAUUGUGUUACUAAUUGCACCAGCUUCAGAAGGUGCUAUCACUUGUGGCACAGUGAUUAGCUCAAUCAAGCCCUGCAUCAGUUAUUUACAAGGCACUGGUGGGAACCCACCAAAAUCUUGCUGUGCUGGUUGUCAAUCUCUUGCAUCUUCUGCAACAACUGCACCAGAUAAGCAGGCUGCAUGCACUUGUCUAAAGAAUGCAUCUCAAAAGAUCAACAUUAAUUCUCAAUUAGCACUGAAUCUUCCUAAGAGUUGUGGAAUCUCCUUGUCCUUCCCUUUUUCACCCACUGUUGACUGCACCAAGGGAGGGAGUGGGGUGACUGGGAUUCCUCCAUUCGCAUGUUGUGCUGGAAUUUCAACUCUUUCACAGAUAGCGAACAAAACAGCUAAUAGGGAAGCGGUUUGUAGAUGUGUUCAAUCAGCAAUCAAAAAUCUGAGGAUCACAGAUGCAACAGCUAAAGCGCUUCCUCGUAGAUGUGGAAUCGCCUUGCCUUUCACUUUCUCUCCAUAUGUCAAGUGUAUUGGAUAAAAUGAUCUUAAUUUUGGAGUAGUCCAGGGGAUAUAAAGAAAUUACAAAGAUGAAGCGUUUGCUGGAAUCAUGAGUAUAAAUAUUCCAUGAAUUUUGUGUGUUUUUCUUUAGUAUUAAUUUUGAUUUUGAUUUUCCUAUUUCUUCAUGUAGUUUCUUAAUUGCGUGUCUAUUGUCUUGUCUUAAUGUUUUUAUAGUUGUAAAUAGCAAUCUGCACUGGUCUGUA